AUGUUAUCUUUUAUAUUUUUAUACAGUUCAUCUUCGCUGGGGGUACUGUUCCUCGUUGUUAUCCACAUUAGCAGUGGUGAACGAAACGUACGACGUAGAAGACAGCUGUCGCCUCCACUUCCAGAAAAAUAUAGUGUUUAUGUUAAACCUCUACCAGCCAACAAUAAACAAACUCAACUGAACAAGCCUUUUUUAUCUUUUGCUCAAGAACAGAACCAACCGUUUCAACUUCCACUGAAGAAGCAAAACCAACCUCAAGAACGAUCAGAAUUUCCUCUUCCGCAAUACGAUUUGCCUCUAUCUCCUCAGUCUCAGACAAAUAAGUGGACACAGUCGUCUAGUGUUGAAGUUAGUUAUAUCUCUACUGAGCCUCAGCUACAAUAUCAACUUCCUAUUCAACCACUCCAAUCUCACACACCACAAGCGUCCCAAAUACAACCGAGUCAGAUUCGACCAAACUAUCAGGUACCUUCUCAAUCCUCCCAUGAGUUACCACCUCAGUUUUAUUCCCAUCAUCAGCCUCGGUUUUCUUCUCAUACAAAACCCCAGCUAUAUAAUUCCCCUACACAGAUUCAUUAUCAACUUUCAGCUCAACCAUCUCGGCUACAAUCUCAAAAUCAUCAACCCAAGAAUUACCAACUAGAAUCUCUCCAGUCCGGAAACUCGGAACAGGAAAACCCACAGAUAGUACUCAUGAAUGGUCAAGCAUUUGUAAUGAACUCGAAACAAACUCAAACACCAGAUUCAUCACAAGAAAAUCACCAGUCACAUAGUUCUCAUGCAAUUUUGUCUUCUUCUACCACUGAUGCAGUAUUUCAAGAUAAGCUAGUCACUUCUAUUCAGCCCCAAUUACAGUCUGUGAUCCAGAAAACUCCAGCAUCAGAAAUUGAUUAUAGUAACGGCAAUUCUGCUAAAGAUAAAGACAACAGUGAAGAUAUAUAUGUGAUGUAUUACUAUUACUACUAUGAAGAUGCUGAAAAAGCAACCAACAAUACUAACUCUUCCUUAAAAUUCGAUGAUAUUCCUAAUCUGGACAAUUACGAUCAAGCAAAAAAUGAGAGUAGUUUUGAAAAUGAUGAGAAAAUAAACAGCCCUAUAGAAGCGAGAAAUGUGCCCGCUACUGGAGAAAAUAAUACAUUUUUGGGUGCCUCUUCCCUUCGAGAUCGCUCUUUGGAUCAAGAACCUGGUUCGCUAACUUUCAACAACACUGACCAAUCCAAAAGUGUUGAUGCUUCAUCAAGAAACUUCAAAGAAUCUAAUGCAUCUGUUCGUCCAAUAUCCAAUGUAUAUCGUUAUGGGAACGAUGUACCACGUUUUCCUCUAGCCCCAAACUUGGUUGAUUACUCUAAUAAGAGGCAGAGUUCAUCUUUAUACACAAAUAUUUCUGUUGAAGACAAAAAAGAACAAGUUCCAGUGGAUCUUACUGUUCGUAAUGCUUCCAGUUUUACAUCACCAGGUGAGGUGAACAUACUAGAUUCUGUACAUACUAAUGACACGGUAAUUAAGAGCAAUGAAAUAUUAGAAGUCAAUACUGAACCACUAACGAAAAACAUUGAAUCCACAGAAACGGAAACUGCGACAGAAACAGAGUCUACAAUAACAACGGACAUUAUUACAACUACGAAAGCUGUUCCAACGCGUUUCAAUAACCGUAUACGUUUUGGAUCGGGAAGGCUACCAGGGUCGUUCCAGUUACGUAAACCCCCAAUACUAGCAUUAACUACAACAACCACAAAAAAAGAACCAGAGAAGGAAACAAAUGGUUACGAAGAAAGCACAACAACAGCAUCUAGAAUCUCAAGAUUCAGACCCCGAUUUGGAAGUGGAAAAACUAGCAUUGCUUUUAGUCGUCGACGCUCAUCAUUCGGAAAUAAAAGUCGAUUUGGAAUAUUUAAAAAUGAUAACAGCGAUAACAAAAAAGAUGGCGAUGAAAAAGAUGUGCAUAAAUAUGGAAACGAAGAAUCAACUACCACGUUAUCUACAGCUGUUGCAGAGUCUUCGCAGUCCACAACGAGAAGAAAUUUCAGAAAUAGUCAAAGCACGACGUCAAGGCCAACUAACUUAAUUUCUCGUAUUUUACCUAGUAAUAUUUUUAGUCGUUCCAGAAGUCGACCCCGUCUACCAUUCCUUCGAAGAGGACGAAACAAUUUAAGAAGAGGUAAAAAAGUGGAAGAAAUUAGUGACGAAGACGAAAAACCUGAAGAAGAAGAAGAGGGUGGAGAAUUGAAAGAAACAACAUUGAAAACAGAUAAUAAAACAGUAGAAGAAGAGACACUUAAAAGAGAAGAUGAUAAAGGAGUCAGAAAAGAAACAUCCAUAGUAGAAGUGGAUGAAGCAGCGGGAGAAGAAAAAUCCAGAGGAAAAGAAGAUAAAGCAGAGGAAGAACAAAAUUCCAAGGAAGUAGAAGAUCAAGCAGAGGAAGAAGAAGACCCAACAGAAGGAGAAUUUAAAGAAAAAGAGGAUAAAGCAGUGGAAGGAGAACAAUACAAAGAAGAAGAGGAUAAAGCAGUGGAAGGAGAACAAUACAAAGAAGAAGGGGAUAAAGCAGUGGGAGGAGAACAAUACAAAGAAGAAGGGGAUAAAGCAGUGGGAGGAGAACAAUACAAAGAAGAAGGGGAUAAAGCAGAGGGAGGAGAACAAUACAAAGAAGAAGGGGAUAAAGUAGUGGGAGGAGAACAAUACAAUGAAGAAGGGGAUAAAGCUGUGGAAGGAGAACAAUACAAAGAAGAAGGGGAUAAAGCAGUGGAAGGAGAACAAUACAAAAAAGAAGGAGAUACAGCAGUGGAAGGAGAACAAUAUAAAGAAGAAGGGUAUAAAGCAGUGGAAGGAGAACAAUACAAAGAAGAAGAGGAUAAAGCAGUGGAAGAAGAAAAACAACCCAAUGAAGAAGAGGAUAAAGCAGUGGAAGGAGAAAAAUACAAAGAAGAAGAUGACAAGGAAGUGGAAGGAGAAAAAUUCAAGGAAGGUGAUAGAAUAGUGGAAGAAAAACAACCCAAUGAAGAAGAGGAUAAAACAGUGGAAAAAGUCAAUGAAGAAGGAGGAGAAGCAGUGGAAAAAGAAAAGUAUGAAGUAGUAGUAGAACAAGAACAACAACCACUGAAGGUAGUACCUUCAAUUUCCACAACAGGUGCAACGACAACUUUUACUUUAUUCACUACUCCAUCUCGUGAAGUAGAAACUACUACAGUCAUCAAAGAUCUAGAUGAAAUAACUGAAGUUGAAACCGAAAAAAUACAGACCACAACGGAGACAUUAACUACUACAACAGAAAGAAAUAGAUUUUCGAGCCUUUUCCGGAAAAGAAAACGCCCAUCACUGUUCGGAAAUCGACCUCGUCUAACCAUUUUUAACAGGUCAGGUUAA